UAUAAGAGUUUCAAGGUUCCAAAGAUUGGAUAUGAGCUCAGUUGUGGGAACAAACCAGACGUCCUGAGGAAAUUACAACAAGAACUAGAGACAGUUGUGGGAAAAGAUAAUAUUGUGGAAGAGUCUCAUAUUAAGGAAUUACCAUAUCUUUAUGCGGUUAUGAAAGAAGUCUUGCGCAUACAUCCAACUGCUCCAUUAUUGGUGCCACAUUGUCCAAGUGAAACAUGCACUGUCGGAGGAUACACUGUUCCUAAAGGAUCUUGUGUUUUCAUAAAUGUAUGGGCUAUACACAGAGAUCCUUCUAUCUGGAAAAAUCCAACUGAGUUCCGUCCAGAGAGAUUUUUGGACAAUAAAUGGGAUUAUAGUGGAAAUGAUUUCAACUAUUUCCCAUUUGGUUCUGGCAGAAGAAUCUGUGUGGGGAUAGACAUGGCAGAGAGGAUGUUCAUGUAUUCACUUGCUUCACUGGUUCAUUCUUUCGACUGGAAAUUGCCUGAAGGAGAGACAUUAGAAGUUACAGAGAAGUUCGGUAUUAUUUUGAAGAAGAAAAUGCCUCUGGUGGCUAUACCGACUCCAAGAUUGUCCAAUCCAGCACUCUAUGAGUAAGAUAAAAAUGUGUCUGUAGAGAGUUGCAUUCUGUAUGAUGAUUAUGUCUUUUGUAUGAUGAAUUAUG